UCCCAUUUAACAAGGUUUUCUGGUCAAAGGUGUGCGCCCGCAUCCUUCUGAUGCACUGAGUGCCCAAUGAACCAAGGCUUCUCAGCCUCCUUAUGAGGGCCGCUCUGCACGCAGAGAACACUUCUGUCCAUGGAUAUAGCCCUAAUGAGGUACAGAAGGGCACUUGACAUCCGGACAAGGCAUUCCGCGGUGCUGCAGGACCGCAGACGGAAGCUUUCUCUGCCUCUGGAAAUGAAGCCAAGCCUCCUCCGUUCUCCAGCCAUGAGGGUUGCUGUCCCCCUCUUCACCAUUCUCAUCUUUAUGAGCCAGGUUCCACCAGGCAGCAGCGGUUUCAGGGAGGUCUGUGCACGUCCCAAUGGCUCCUGCCACGAAUUCUGCAUCGAAUCAGAAAUCCAGGUUGGGAGAUGUCUAGACGGCCGAGCCUGCUGCCUGCCCACGGGGAACGUGCCACAAAUCGACCCUACUACGCCUAAGGGGCGCUGAAGCCUCUUUCAAGCUUUCGGUUGUUGGGAUACCUUAUUCUCACUCUCUCUUUUGCUCUCACUGCUCUUUGUGUCCCUGUUCCUAUGGGGAUUCUUAGUGAGUCCUCAAUAAAUAAAAUGAAACUUGCA